UGGCAGUGUCGCAAAUGGGCGUGGCGGACGAGGUCCGCGGGACGAAGCGCCGACGCCUCGAAACCAAUGGCUCAGCCGACGCAGCGACAGCUUUCGCGCAUGUGACGGCGGUAGCUUCACUGGCCACGACAGAGCUUGUCCCGCCUAGCGUGACCAGCGCCAGGCCGGCCGUGCCAAACCGCGUUGUGGCGCCGGCCGAUGGCGCACGCCAAGGAACUGCAUCAGCAAGAAAGCCGACCAAGGCCAAGCGACCCAAGGCUCCCAUACUGGUCGACAUGGCGGCGCUCGGUGGACCGUCGACGGCCUCCCUUCUCACGCGGCUCGAGAAGGUCGAAGCGACGCUCGACACGGUUCUAAAUGACCUCUUCCGGAAGCUCCCGACGCUCGUCGCCGACGCUGUGCAGACCAAAGUGACGGCCCAGGGCUCGGCCCAGCUUGACGGCGUGUUUCACGACUUGCGCAGCACGGUCGAGACGUGCAUGCAAGAGGCGCUGCAGAAACUUCGCCCGGAAUUUACUGCGCCCGCGGCCGCUACUGCACCGGUGCCAGCUUCAGCGGCACCGCCCUUGUCCUUGUCGACGCCGACUCAGACUCUACCGCCGCCCUCCUCGGUACCGCGGUUUGAGUGGGGUGGGCGUCUCCACCCGGUGCCGCACGACUUUAUGCUACCCAAGAUGACGGUCUUGCACCUGUGGCGCGCGUGGUUUAGCGGCGCUCCAGACUGCGGCAUGGUGCCGCUGCAGCAGCUCUCGACGCGCAACCUACCGGUACCUGCCGACGCGGCCCGGUUCUCCAAGGCGCGCCGGGUCGUCGCCUUCAUUGCAUCGAGCGGCGGUGCGCCGAGCCUCGUCAAGUUGGCCACGUCCGAGGCGUUGGCGCGCGAGAACGUGUUUGAAAUCGGCUGUCGCCGCGCGGCCGUGAAAUUUCGCGCCUUUUCUGCAAACCCGGACGCGGCGCUGCGCACGUUCCAGGACCUGAGCUACACGACGUGCUACGACGCCAUUCGAAAGCUAGAAAAGGCCGAUGCUCCUUUGGAAAAAGAGUAGUAUGUACAACAUGAUUACAUGCGACUAGAGUUGAUACU